ACACCUACAACCACAACUACGCAAACAAGCACAAUUACACCUACAACUACAACGACACCUACAACAACUUCAUCACCUAAAACUACAACUACACCUACAAUAACAACGACACCUACAACUACAACGACACCUACAACUACAAUGACACCAACAGCCACAACGACACCUACAGCCACAACGGAACUUCAAACUACAAGGACAACCACCACCACAACGACACCUACAAUAACUACAACACCCACAACAACGAUAUCUUCAACCACAACGACACCUACAUCCACAACAACACCUACAACAAUAACAACAACACCCACAACCACUACAACUCCCACAACAACAACGGCAACAACUACACCUACAACCACAACUACACCUACAACAACUACAACUCCCACAACAACAACAACGAAACCUACAACCACUACAACUACAACGACACCUACAACCACAACUACACCUACAACCACUACAACACCCAAAACAACAUUACUUUCAACCACAACGACACCUACAUCCACAACAACACCUAUAACAACAACAACGACACCCACAACGACUACAACUCCCACAACAACAAUAUCUUCAACCACAACGACACCUACAGCAACAACAACAACAACAACACCCACAACAACUCCCACAACAACAACGGCAACAACUACACCUACAUCCACAACUACGCAAACAAGCACAGCUACACCUACAACUACAACGACACCUACAACCACAACUACACCUACAACCACAACUUCACCUACAACAACAACUACACCUACAACCACAACUACACCUACAACAACAUCUACCACUACAACUUCACCUACAACCACAACUACGCAAACAACCACAACUACACCUACAACCACAACCACUCCCACAACAACAACAACGAAACCUACAACCACUACAUCUACAACAGCAACACCUACAACAACAACGACACCUACAACAACGACACCUAUAACAACAACGACACCUACAAUCCGAACGACACCCACAACCACUACAACUCCCACUACAACCUCCACAACCAUUACAACUCCCACAGCAACAACGGCAAUACCUACAACAACAACAACAACACCUACAACAACAACGACACCUACACAACACCUACAACACAUUCAUCACCUAAAACCACAACUACACCUACAACCCAAACGACACUCAAAACCACUACAACUCCCACAACAACAACACUUUCAACCACAACAACCUCCACAACCACUACAACUCCCACAGCAACAACGGCAACACCUACAACAACAACGAAACCUACAACCACUACAUCUACAACAACAGCACCUACAACGACAACGCUUCAACCACAACGACACCUACAUCCAACAACAACACCUACAACAACAACAACAACACCCACAAACACAACGACACCCACAACCACUACAACUCCCACAACAACAACAACGACACCUACAACCACUACGAUACCAACAACCACUUCACUUCCAACAGCAACAACACCUUCAGCCACUGCAACACCCACAACCACAACAAUACCUACAACCACAACGUCAAUUACAACAACAACACCUACAACGACAACGACAUCUACAACCACAACUACACCUACAACAACAACGACACCUACAACUACAACGACACCUACAACCACUACAUCUACAACAACACCACCUACAACGAAAACGACAUCUACAACAACAACACCUACAACAACAAUGA